GUCGUGGUCUGACGUCAUCCGAAAAUGGCUACUUCGUCAAAGGGAUUAUAAAAUACGAACACCCGAUACACACUUUCAACCAAACAAUAACAUUAUUAUAAAGGUUUGACCCCAGCGUGAACCCGGAAGCAGUAAUGUCACAGCUGGCCCACAGCGAGCACCUGUUGGAGCAGCUGCGUUGGCAGCGGGAAAGCAACGUUCUGUGUGACAUCACGGUCGUCGUGGGCGACACGCUGUUCCGAGCGCACCGUAAUGUACUGGCGGCGUUCAGCGGGUUCUUCUCCGCACUGCCUGACAGAGGUCACCUGGUCACAACCCUUAACCCGGAGUUUGUCAGUGGGCAGGCCCUGAACACCCUGCUGAAAUACAUAUAUUCUGGAGAACUACACACUGACAGUGAGGGGUCGGAGGCCGUGCUGGGAGCGGCGGUGUUCCUGGGGAUGAGGGAGGCGGAGCGUCACCUGAUAGACAAGUCUGACAGCCAACGGGAGAUGAGGAUAGAGUCAGCCUCACCUACCACCUCCCCCCAUUGCUUACCCUCACCCCACAGCCCAGAGGCGUUCAAGCCCUUGUCCUGCGUUUCUGGAGGGGGCUCGGUAGAGAGGGAGGAGGAGAGGGAAGGAGAGAAGGGGGAGGAAGAAGAGUGGGGAGAUCCAGAGUACACCCCUUCCUCCCCAAGCCCCCCAACAUCCCCCCGAAGAGGAGCGAGGAAAAGAAAGGGAAGAAAGCCCAAGGCCACACCUCGCAACCAGACCUCACCUGGAAACCAAACCUUGCCUAGCAACCCAACAUCACCUAGCCAUGACGACACCCAAGAUGACGCAACAGUCCCCCAGCCUCAGAGGGGCAGGGGGAGAGGGAGAGGAAGGGGAAGGGGGAGAGGAAGGGGGAGGGGAGGAGGAAUGAGGAGGGAUCUGUCUUUGAAGGAGUCAGACCUUCAGAUCGUUGAGGAGAAUGAGACAGACCUCAGCCCUUCAUCAUUGAAACCUGUCAAGAGGCAAAGGAGGAGCAGUGGAGAGAGGAGAGGAGUGAAGAGAGGAAGAGGCAGAGGAAGAGGGAAACUGGAGAACAGAUCGAGCGAUGGAGAGGGGGAUGAGGGGAAGGCUGGGUUGAAGAACCAACAGGUGAAAGAGAAGCCAGUGUGUGCUGAGUGUAACAAAGAGUUCUCUGAGAUCAGUAGUCUGAGGAGACACAUGAGGAUCCAUAAAGGAGUGAAACCUUUCCAGUGUCUCUUCUGUUCCCGAGCCUUCACACAGGGAAACCAGCUCAAGACUCACCUCCGCAUACACACAGGAGAGAAGCCAUUUGCAUGUUCUCAGUGUGACAAGGGUUUUGCCCAGAAGUGUCAGUUGGUGGCGCACUGUCGAAUGUACCACGGAGAAGAGAAACCUUACACCUGUGAACAAUGUGGGCUGCAGUUCGCUACCUCAUCUAACUACAAGAUACACUGCAGGAAGCACAGUGGAGAGAAGCCGUAUGUGUGUGAACAGUGUGGGAAGGGUUUUGCCCAGGCCAGCACUCUGACCUAUCACAUGAGGAUCCACACAGGAGAGAAACCUUACCAAUGUGACGAUUGUGGGAUGGCCUUCUCCGUCUCUUCCUCUCUCAUCACACACAAACGCAAACACACAGGUGAAGCUCCACACGAGUGUCUGGUGUGUCAGAAGGCCUUCAUUACCAAACGAGAACUCAACAAACACUCCCAUAUCCACAACGGUGGAGACCCAGCUGUUAAGCAGCGUGUGACAUGUGAGCUGUGCGGAAACACCUACGCUGGCCUGAGCAGCCUGAAGAAACACCAAGAGAGACAACACUUAGUUCCAAUGGCGGUUCCAGAAUGGGCUCUCCUCCACAACAUUCCUAUCGACCACCAGGGGCUAAUCUCCCGCGAUGCGCCCAGCCCCAUGCACGAGGAGCCAGACAACCAUGACCCCGAGGAACCAGACAACCAUGACCCCGAGGAGCCAGACAACCAUGACCCCGAGGAGUCAGACAACCCUGACCUCGAGGAGCCAGACAACCAUGACCCCGAGGAGCCAGGCAACCCUGACCCCGAGGAGUCAGACAACCAUGACCCCGAGGAGCCAGACAACCAUGACCCCGAGGAGCCAGACAACCCUGACCCCGAGGAGCCAGACAACCCUGACCUCGAGGAGCCAGACAACCCUGACCUCGAGGAGCCAGACAACCAUGACCCCGAGGAGCCAGACAACCCUGACCUCGAGGAGCCAGACAACCCUGACCUCGAGGAGCCAGACAACCCUGACCUCGAGGAGCCAGACAACCCUGACCUCGAGGAGCCAGACAACCCUGACCUCGAGGAGCCAGACAACCCUGACCUCGAGGAGCCAGACAACCAUGACCUCGAGGAGCCAGACAACCCUGAACCAACAUCCCCUAACUUGAGCCCAAACCCUCUCAGUGUUCUAGUGGAACAGCUGCGUACAUCUUCCUCCAACUUCUCUUCCCCACUCUCCCACUGUGAUCCAGCCUACCCUGUCGAAGACAUGGAGCAGAUCAUCAUCAUUAGAACUUUGGACAAUGACCCCUGCCCUGACCCCUGACUCAACCACCUCUGACCCCCUCACCCAGAUCCUAACAUUACUCUCUCAGGCUUGGAGUGGAUCCACCCUUUUUGAAUGGAUCAACGGGACCUACAGGAUCCAAUAUGAAUCAGCUGUAGUGUCAGAUAUAGAAUUGUGAAUAGUGUGGAUGUUGACAAAUCAUAUAUGUAAUUACAUUUACAUUUUAGUAAUGUAGCAGAUGCUCUUAUCCAGAGUGACUUACAGUAGUGAGUGCAUACAUUUUUGUAAUUCACUCCAUCUUUUCAUGAAAUGAACUCAUUCAGAUCUAAACAUUUAUUUUAUUGUAUGUGUUAAAUGUUUAUUACUAGAGGUAAUCACUGAGGUCCUACCCACAGAACAGCCAGGUUCACCAUCUCCUGACUUUGCACUUCUCUACACAUCCUGAAUCGUCCUCUGUUUAAUGUUCUGGUUUUAAUCCCACGUCUCAGUAACAUGGGGCUUAAUGUCUUAUGGAAUCUAGAGGUAGUAUUGAGAUGGAUGGAUAUUUAUGAAAAGUCAAGGUUUUUAAUUCUUUAUUGGGAGGAAUACAUCUGUGUGCUUUCUCAUCCUUUCCACAAAAGUACAUUAUCAUUAUACAGUGCCUUCAGAAAGUAUUCACACACCUUGAUUUUUCCCCAAAAAAUUGGUGUUACAAAGUGGGAUUAAAAUGGAUUUAAUUGUAAUUUUGUGUCAAUGAUCUACACAACAUACUCUGUAAUGUCAAAUUGGAAGAAACAUUCUAAGAUGAGUAAAAAAAUAUAUGUGAAAAAUACAACACUUACAGUUGAAGUCGGAAGUUUAUCAUUUUUCAACCACUCUACACAUUUCUU